AUGCUGAUUAAAGACAUUCUCCCGGCUCCCUACGUUCGCCCAUUCUGUGUCGUCAAACUGCUCAUUUUGACCAUUUUAGGCGCGUUUCUCUUAACGUACCACGUGGUCAUCUAUGCCAACCGCAUCUGGGCGGUGGUACACCCGGUAUCGUAUAGAGAAAAAAUUUCCAACCGUCUCACACUGUGGAUAACCGCGGCGUUGCUGCUGCUGAUUGCGGUGUUCGUUGUCCCGGGACGAAUAAUGGACGCUUCGUAUCGUACGGCGUUGAACGAUCGAACUUGCGGAGUUUUCCUCGCAGCGCCUUCAAUGGUGCAGUGGAUGACGGCCGUCAACGCCGCUCUGUAUUUGACCCCGGAGAUCCUCAUCGUGCUGAGUUAUCCCGUGUUCCUGUACGUAUACCGUAGAAAACGCUGGAUUCUGCGCUCGCAUCGCGUCACUUCGCACGGAAAGACGGAGUCAUCGGUUUCGGAUUAUCAGCGCAGUAAAAAGCGUCGUUCGCAGUCGCUGUAUAUCUUGACCCUGCUGACCAUUAACAUGGUGGUAAUCUGGACGCCGGCGAACAUCUUCUACAUUACACAAUUACGGAUAGCCAACGCCGCCGUGGCUACGGCGAUCUUAAUCAUGCUGCAGUCGCUACUGGAUCCGUUCAUGUUCCUUGUCGCGCAGCAUGAUCUGCGCGCAGCGGUACACCAGGCGAUUGUCGGCCUUCGCCGGUAG